AUGGCCGGAGACAAGGAAAAUCAGAACACAACCAACAAUUUGGAUUCAGCCAAUUUGCUAUACAUGCACUCGUCGGAGAGUGCUGGAACGACAUUGGUACCUGUUGUCUUUGAUGGAAUUGGGUAUAGAUCUUGGAGAAGGGGAGUUCUCACAGCAUUACCCGUGAAGAACAAGGUUGGAUUCAUUACCGGAAAAUGUAAGAAACCUAAUUCUGAUUAUGCGAAUUACGAUCAGUGGUCUCGAUGCGAUGAUAUGGUAAUAUCCUGGAUUCUAAACUCUCUUUCAAAGGACUUAGCUGAUAGCCUACAAUAUGUUAGUGAUGCUAAGGAAUUGUGGCAAGAGCUGGAAGAUAGAUAUGAUCAAACUAAUGGAGCAAAGUUGUACCAAUUACAGAAAGAAAUUAACGACCUUAGUCAGGGUACUUUGGAUAUCACAGGCUACUAUUCAAAAAUGAAAAGGCUUUGGGAGGAAUUAAAUACACUGAAUGCACAUGCACAAUGCAAUUUGUCAGUGUACUUGUGGUGCAAAGGCUAA